AUGGACAACCUUUAUCAACUUAGACAAGAUUAGGUAAUUAAACCAUAGUUUAAUCCUUUUUAGAUGGAAGAGUAUAAAGAUGAAAGAGCAGAAGGUCAUAGAGACCUGAUGGCAAACAUUUUACAGAUUGCAGUAAUAAACAAAAUGCUUCCCAAAGGAUUUAAGUUUGAGCUUUAUGAGACUGUAAAGAGGUAGAAUGACUCAAAUACUAAUUAGAGGACUAUUGUUUAGAAGAAAAAGAAGCCACAGAAUCAAGACUAUGAAAAUGGAGAAACGGGGUCAACAAUAUUAGGGGCAUCUUCUCCAAGAAAUAAUGCUCCACUAGGUAGAAAACCAAUCAAAGAUAUGAAAAGCAGUGUCAACAAUGAAAAUAGUGCUUUUUCUAACAAUUCUAAUGAUAACUAGAGAUCAUCGUAAAAUACAAAUAACCCAAUCAAAUAGCGAGUUUCUCAAAGAUAGAAAAAGCCUAACAUAAUCGAAGAUAUUGGAUAUGUUGAGAAGGAACAAAAGAGAUAGAAAAUAACAACAAUAUGGAGGGAAUAGCAAGGCAAAUGCGAAUUAUUGAUCUAAUUGCUAAGAAAGUAGCCUGGUGCAGAAUUGUUCUCUAAACCUCCCGACUCUCAUCAUCCUUACUACACCGAAAUAAUGAACGAAUAUAUAGACCUAGCAUUAGUAGAUAGAAAAUUCAAAUAGGGUGAUUACUAGAGUACUAUUUAAUUCAUACAUGAUAUUAGAGUAAUCUGGGACAAAGCUUUUAGAUUUAUGAAAGAUGAUUCUGAGACAUUUAAAAGAGCAAAGGAAUUAAGUACACUAUUUGAGUAAAAGGUUAGAGAAAUUGAAUAAACCAACAUUUCUCAGGUGAUACAAAAGGGUAUAAAUGAUCCCAAUUCCGCAGUUGCAGAGCUAAAGUCUAAUAUUAAUAAAUACUAGAAGGAGAUAACUCAGAAGAUUUAGAAAGAUGGAGGAAUUGAAAAACCUCCUCAACAGUAGUUAUAAUAAAGAAAAUAAUCUCAUCGAGCAAAUGAUCAACCACUUCCUUAAAAUAACUAACAAUAGCCUCCCUAAGAGUUGCAUAAUAACAAUAAUCUCUACUAAUAAACCCCUAAUUUCGGUGAGCAAAAUGAAGAGGACUACCUCAAUAAACCAAUGCCUUUUUCAGAGAGAUAGACACUAGGUCACAACAUCUAAUUUCUUCAUACCGAACAAUUAUUGGGUAUAGUUGAUAUUAUUAGCGAUAAAUCAGAAGGAUAAAAGGAAAUGCUAGAAUUCGACUUAAAAGAAUUAAAUGACAGAAAAUGCAGAGAGCUUGAAAGAUAUGUUUCUAAAUGUAUCAAAGAUAAUCAAGAAAAAGAAAGGUAGGGAUAGCAACUUUAACUAUAGCAAGCCCACCAGACAAAUUAAGCGCAAUAGUAACAACAAUUAUACUAAUAGUAGCUAGCGCAGUAAUAGCAAUAGUAGUAAUAGUAGUAAUAGUAAAUAAGUAAUUACCCAACAAGCUAGAAGUAACCAUAAUAGCAAAACAUUCCAUAAAUCCAGGGUGCUGCUUAAACUGCAACUAAUAAAAUUCCUUAACAGCAAUAGUAAGUUCAAAAUAAUUAAAAGGGAGAUACAGCACCCACUCACCAGAUGGGCUUUACUGAUCAAAACACCCUAGCAUAAAACCCAAAUUAUAUGGUAUCACCAAUCCAUCAUUCUUAUAUGAAUGGAUUGGCUCUCUAAUAGCAAUAAAUGAUAAUUGGCCAAUAAAAUUUAGGUCUAAUGGAUGCUAACAACUAUUAGCUAUACUAUCCAUAGUAAUAAACUCUAAACCAAUAGCAGACUAAUCCUAAUGAUCCACUUAAGAAAUAGGGAGGGUUCAUUUAGGAACAGCCGUAAUAAAUAGCAUAUAACUAGUAUCAAGGUGCGUAGCCUAAUGGAGCGCACUAAAUUAUGAGCUCAUAUCCACUUCAAUAUACAGCAUAUUCUCACAACUUGGGUGAGGAGUAGCAAUAAUUCAUGUAAUAAAACAAUCUAGCGUAGAACCUACUAGCAACAGGAGCAUUUUACGGCAGUAAUAUGACUUUGAGUGGGAUUGAUCCAUAUUAAUAAAGCUAUGCAUAGAUAGGUGCACAGCACUGGAACCAAAGUCCUGACUAGAUGGGAUAAAACCCUGGAAAUUACAACUAAUGA